GCAGCACGGCCCUUCCUGAUUGGCUGUGGCGCCCCGGCGGGGGAAGAAGGAGUGUUGGCAUUGGCUCAGCCAGCGCCGGUUGGUGGCCUACAGGAGGAUUUGAUUGAAAAACCAACGGUGCAGCUGGUAGUGGUGCCCCCGAAGUUGAGGGGCCCAGGAGUGGGCUGGGGGUAGGGCAGGACGGGUCCUCCUAUCCGGAGCAGCGGGUGACAGCAGAAGACGAUGAGAAGCACGCUUUAGAAAUUGGCCUGCAGGAGGGACACUCCCUCCAGCGCGGAAUGAGAUGUUAAUUCUGGGGCGUUGACGUUUUACAAUGCCUGAUCAAGACAAAAAGGUGAAGACCACAGAAAAAUCAACUGAUAAAAAACAGCAAGGAAUCACCACCAGGGACUAUUCCGAUCUUAAAAGACUUCGGUGCCUUUUGAACGUCCAGUCAAGCAAACAACAGCUCCCAGCCAUUAACUUCGAUAGUGCCCAAAAUAGCAUGACGAAGUCUGAGCCUGCCAUCAAGGAUGGUGGACACAGGGCGCGAGGUCAGUGGCACGAGUCCACAGAAGCUGUUGAACUUGAAAAUUUUAGCAUAAACUACAAGAAUGAGAGGAAUUUCAGCAAACAUCCCCAGCAUGAACUAUUUCAGGAGAUCUUUACAGCCUUGGUGAAAAACAGACUCAUAUGCAGAGAGUGGGUUAACCGAGCCCCAUCUAUUCAUUUCCUGAGAGUGUUAAUCUGUCUGAGACUGCUAAUGCGGGAUCCAUGUUACCAGGAAAUACUCCAUACCUUGGGUGGGAUUGAAAACCUAGCUCAGUACAUGGAGAUUGUGGCCAAUGAGUACCUCGGCUAUGGUGAAGAGCAGCACAGUGUGGACAAGCUGGUCAACAUGACAUAUAUUUUUCAAAAACUUGCUGCUGUCAAAGACCAAAGAGAAUGGGUCACCGCAAGUGGAGCCCACAAGAUAUUAGUGAAUUUACUCGGGGCCCGAGAUACUAACGUUCUGCUGGGUGCCCUUCUGGCUCUGGCCAGCUUAGCUGAAAGCCCAGAAUGUAGGGAGAAGAUAAGUGAACUCAACGUUGUAGAAAGUUUGCUGAUGAUUUUACAUGAAUAUGACUUGCUUUCCAAAAGGCUGACCGCGGAGUUGCUGCGGCUGCUCUGUGCCGAGCCCCAGGUAAAGGAGCAGGUGAAGCUCUAUGAGGGGAUCCCCGUCCUCCUCAGCCUGCUCCACUCCGACCACCUGAAGCUGCUCUGGAGUGUCGUCUGGAUCCUGGUGCAGGUUUGUGAGGACCCCGAGACCAGUGUGGAAAUUCGCAUUUGGGGAGGCAUCAAGCAGCUUCUUCAUAUUUUACGAGGAGACAGGAACUUUGUUUCCGACCGCUCCUCCAUCGGAAGCCUGUCUAGUGCAAACGCGGCAGGCAGGAUCCAGCAGCUCCAUCUGUCGGAGGAUUUAAGCCCUCGGGAAAUACAAGAAAACACUUUCUCUCUUCAAGCAGCCUGCUGUGCUGCCCUCACCGAGCUGGUGCUCAACGACACCAACGCCCACCAGGUGGUUCAGGAAAAUGGUGUAUAUACAAUAGCAAAAUUAAUUUUACCGAACAAACAAAAGAAUGCAGCAAAAACUAACCUACUACAGUGUUACGCUUUCAGAGCCUUGAGGUUUCUCUUCAGUAUGGAAAGGAACAGACCACUCUUCAAAAGACUUUUCCCCACUGACCUGUUUGAGAUCUUCAUCGAUAUAGGACAUUAUGUGCGUGACAUCAGUGCUUAUGAAGAAUUGGUCUCCAAGUUCAAUUUAUUAGCGGAAGACGAACUGAAGCAAAUUGCUGAAAAUAUUGAAAGCAUUAAUCAGAAUAAAGCCCCUUCGAAAUAUAUAGGCAACUAUGCAAUUUUGGAUCAUCUCGGAAGUGGAGCUUUCGGCUGUGUUUACAAGGUUAGAAAGCGUAGUGGUCAAAAUCUCUUAGCAAUGAAAGAGGUCAACUUACAUAACCCGGCAUUUGGAAAGGAUAAAAAAGACCGGGACAGCAGUGUGAAGAACAUUGUUUCUGAAUUAACCAUAAUUAAAGAGCAGCUUUACCAUCCCAAUGUUGUGCGCUAUCACAAAACUUUUCUGGAGAAUGAUAGGUUGUAUAUAGUUAUGGAGCUUAUAGAAGGGGCCCCUCUCGGAGAGCAUUUCAGUUCUUUGAAGGAGAAACAACUUCAUUUUACCGAAGAAAGACUAUGGAAAAUAUUUAUCCAGCUGUGCUUAGCCCUUCGGUACUUACACAAGGAGAAGAGGAUCGUCCACAGGGACCUGACGCCGAACAACAUCAUGUUGGGCGAUAAGGACAAAGUGACAGUUACUGACUUCGGCCUGGCGAAGCAGAAACAAGAGAGCAGCAAACUGACGUCUGUCGUCGGGACGAUCCUGUACUCCUGCCCUGAGGUUCUGAAGAGCGAGCCGUACGGGGAGAAGGCUGACGUCUGGGCUGCCGGCUGCAUCCUUUACCAGAUGGCCACGCUGCAUCCUCCCUUCUACAGCUCCAACAUGCUCUCCCUGGCCACCAAAAUUGUGGAGGCGGUUUAUGAACCGGUGCCAGCAGGCAUCUACUCGGAGAAAGUGACAGACACCAUCAGCAGGUGCCUCACUCCCGAUGCAGAAGCCCGCCCAGAUAUUGUGGAAGUCAGCUCCGUGAUAUCGGAUGUCAUGAUGAAGUAUUUGGAUAGCUUGUCUGCGUCCCAGCUGGCCUUGGAAAAGAAACUGGAGCGGGAACGGAGGCGCACCCAGAGGUACUUUAUGGAAGCCAACCGGAACGCCGUCACCUGUCACCACGAGCUGGCUCUGCUCUCUCACGAGACCUUCGAGAAGGGGAGCCUGAGCAGCAGCAGCAGUGGAGCGGCGAGCCUGAAGAGUGAGCUCUCCGAGAGCGCAGACCUUCCCCCUGACGGGUUCCAGGCCCCCUGUGGGAAGGAAGAAGACAAGGCCUGUGAUGAGAUCCUAUCAGAUGAUAACUUCAACUUGGAAAACAUUGAAAAAGAUAUAUAUUCAGAGCUGGAUGAUGAGUUGGACAUUUCGGAUAACUCCAGCAGCUCCAGUUCGAGCCCUUUGAAAGAAUCUACAUUCAGCAUUUUAAAGAGAAGUUUUAGUGCUUCAGGAGGAGACAGACAAUCCCAAACAAGGGACUUCACUGGUGGAGUAGGAUCAAGACCAAGACCAGCUUUGCUGCCUCUUGACCUGCUUCUGAAAGUGCCACCCCUCAGGCUCAGGGCCCACAUUAAGGAGGUAGAGGCCGAGUUAGUGACGGGGUGGCAGUCCCACAGCCUUCCCGCUGUGAUUCUCCGCAGUCUCAAAGACCAUGCAUCUGCAGGGAUUGCUGUAUCCCAGAGGAAAGUGCGUCAAAUCAGUGAUCCUAUUCAGCAGAUCUUAAUUCAGUUGCACAAAAUCAUCUAUAUCACACAGCUUCCUCCAGCUUUGCACCACAAUUUGAAAAGAAGGGUUAUAGAGAGAUUCAAGAAAUCCCUCUUCAGCCAGCAGAGUAACCCUUGUAAUUUGAAAUCGGAAAUUAAAAAGUUAUCUCAGGGAUCUCCAGAACCCAUCGAGCCCAACUUUUUCACAGCAGAUUACCACUUAUUACACCACUCAACCGAUGGAAACAGCCUGUCCCCAAGUGACCCGACAGGCCUGCCCACCAGCUUCGAUUUGGAGGAGGGGAUAACGUAUGAACAGAUGCAGACUGUGAUUGAAGAAGUCCUAGAGGAAAGUGGUUAUUACAACUUUACUUCUAACAGGUAUCACUCCUAUCCCUGGGGGACCAAGACCUACCCAACCAAAAGAUGAAAAUGCUGCAUUUUGAGUGGACUUGGUUUUCCCAGUGAAGUUCAAGUUCUGGACUUCAGCCCCUACUGCAAGAUGCCCAAGGAUUGGCCGCUGUUAAAAGAGCCUGGAAGAGAAAAGACCAAGAUGACUGAAGGACCUCCUUCCGGCGGCCUGGUGCUCGGCUGCGUGAGGGCUGCAGGGCUGGGAGGCUCCAUGUGGGGAUGCGUCACACACAGGAUGGCGGGCCUCUCGGCGUGCCCCUGCGAGAAAAUGCUGCACAAUCAUCUGUAGGGAGAAAACCCACCCCUCACAGAACUUUCUUCCAAGUUAGAAAAAAAAUCUCAUCAUAUUUUUUAAAGAAAUAUUUUAUACUUAGGAUUGCUGAAACUAUGUAAAAAGACAUCUAGCCUUCUGUGUAUAAGCAACAGUUUUAGAUAAAGAAAAAUUAUAGGACUCAGAAUAAUAACAUGUUGGGUGAUUCACUGUAUCUCCCAUUUUUUAAUCUUAAAAGAUAUUUAAAAAGUGAUUGGAUUUUUUUGUUUGUUUUGAUGAAAGGUUGGUUCUGUCUUAACCACUCGGUUGCUAGUGGUCUUGAACCUGAUACAGCAUAGACAGUAUUUGUAACCAUGCACAGCCUCUAGGAAUAACCAUCAAAUAGUCACAUUUAAAUUAGAGUAAUAGAAUACACUGCUGUACAGUGUGUGCAUAUGUACAUAUAUGUGGGGGCGGGGGGUUUUGAUUAGGCUAAUGCUUUGCUGCUAAUCAAACUUCUAGUGUUUUUAGAGCACUUUUAAGAGUUCAUAGACUCUAUGAAAGAGAUGCAAUAUUCCUUGUUCUAAGUCUCCCCUUACUGAAACUACCUACAUUGUUUUUGAUUUUUUGUUGUUAGAAAUUUGAAGUGAAAAUGAGUUAUAUAAUACAAAGUAAGUUCCUUCUUUAUUCAUCAAGACAUCCCCCAAGAAGAGAAGUCAGAAUGCCAAACGGUGCCUCCUCCUAUGUAGAGAGAAUUUAUGGGGAACAUUUUCUAGAUUCUGAUUGGGCUAAAACCUCUUCAGCUGGCUCCUUAUAACUGGUGUAAGGUCAAGAAAUGCCCUUAAUGCCAAAUCGGACUGCACUUCUAAAUACUUGCUGAACAGUUUAAUGCUAUAUAAUUAGUAAUCUGAAAGCUGAAAUUAUGCUUUUUAUAUACUUUUCACUGAGUUCUGUUAUCUUUAUUAACAUUGGUAUAUUUUUAGCACGAUUGAAUAGAAUUUAGCUCAGUAUAUUUAUAGUGGUUUAAACACAACAACAUUUUGUAUAGUAUGGAAAAAUCUUUUAAUGUGAGUCUAUCUAUUUUUACAAUUAAUAUGUAUGAUACUUAAGUGAUAUCCAAAUUUCCUUUAAUGCCUCUGAAGAUUGUCAAUGAAUUUUUUAGGCCAAAUUAAUAAAAAAUACAGUGUAAUUUAUAGAUUUACAUCUAAUUCAAAAUAAUAGAUGCAAACAUAGUAAUAAAAAAUUUCAGUUUCAGCUUUCAAACCAAUUCCAUUCAAAUGUGAAAUGUACAACAUGUAAUCAAAAUGCUGUGAUUUUGUUGAUUUAAACCAGGCAAAAUUUUAUUCCUAUACCAGCUUAAUUUGAACCUGCACUAUUACUUUUUAAAUUUUUUAAAAGUAUGCAAUGGCUACCUUUUCUCAUUGUAUAGGAGGUGCGGGCCCAGAGGGGCACACAUUUUAAUUGUGGUAGAAGCUGGUUCCUGGGAAUAAACCAAACUAUGGGGAGAAGGUUGAAUAAUAAAGCUCUUUAUCAAAUGAAAAUCUAUAGUAGAAAAGAGUAGUAUUCAGAGCUCCCAUCUUGUUCAGAAAAGAGGAAUUAUUUAUUCAAAGCUAUUCUUAAAUGCAUAUGGUUGAUCUUACUAAAGGGAAUUGGAACAAAAGAUUUCUCUCUAGUACUUUUAGACCACAAAAAUGACAUUUAUUAUGCUAGGAGGCCAUAACAAUAAACAAAAAUAAGCAAAUGCAAGUCUCUUUCAACAGGAUCUUUUGAUCCAUCAACUGGUAAGUGUAGUCUUUUUCAAAAUAAUGGAUGUGUGCUGUUUGAAUCCCUCCCUUAAACUAUUAGCUACUAAAUCAACAUUCUCCCAGUGCAGGACCAACCCUUUAAGAGAAAGUUACGGGCUGGUAAGGGAACCGUUUUGUGCAUGGAGGCACAUCCCAAUGGUGAAGGGAACUUUGCAAAAGCCCCUCUUUCAAACAAUGAGCUCCCCCUGCCCCACCCCUUACUACAAAACAAGAAUGGUCAUUUUGUUUUGACUGUCUGAACCGGCCUCUAGUGCAAAGAAGUUGUUACUUGAACUUAACAGGCCUCAUAAUCUUUCUUGAUUGCAUUUUAAAAUUUUCUCUUUUCUGUAGUGUUUAAUUAUUUGUUGUGUGAAGAAAUCCCUGUGAAUCCAUCCAAUUCUCGGUCCCUGAGUAUUUGUGUGGGACAGAAUAGGAAUCAGUCUUUUCAAAUCGUUUUUGCUAGACAGACACUUCGGUGAAUUAAUCCAGCAGCUUUAGGUUAUGAUCCACCAGCUCUGUCUGAAUGUGUGUAUUUGAACCCUUAGUUUGCUUUUUUAAAAAAAGCACAACGCUCCAUUCUCAGGGAAGUGGCUGCAGCAGGCCUAGGUGCCGCCUGGUUGUUAACCUCGUCUUCCUCCAGGUGUGCGGUACUUAAUUAAAGGUCUUCAGGGAGCAGUAACGUGGCCACUAGCUCCAGUGCUCAUGGAGGAGCUUCGGAAAUCUCCUAGAGAAAUGCGGCUUGAGUGUAAUACGGAGAUGUGUGUGGCGUCGGGCCGAGUGCACAGCGUUUUUCGGCAUUCUAAAGCUGAACCUAAGUAACAAACACUGUUAUAAAGUUUACCAAAAUGGUAGAGCUGAUUAGGGAUUAAGGUCUUUCUAGAGGUACCACCUGGGACUUAAUAAAUGGUAUAAAUUUUGAUGUUCAAAAACAAACAACCAAACUGGUGGAUUAUGUGCAACUCCAGCAAUGUCAUCAGUUAACCACCACUCACGUAAGAUGUAUGGAGGUGAUAAUAUUUAGUCUAUUCUAUCAGUAUUAAUACGCAUGGAAUCCACAUCCCUCCUUUGAUUUGCUGAAUUGCAAGAUAUAUUUGUUGCUAUUUCUCUCUUCUAUUUGGAAUGGCAAGGAACCAAGUACAAUGAAUUUGCUGGAUUCCUUUAGAAAUAGCUUCAGCUUCUAUCUGAAAGGAGGAAAAGCUUCUUUAUAAGCUUUUAUUGUUUAGCUUUUACUUUGCUAAUGAUUUGUGUCGGUGAGCACAGAAAUCAGCUGGGGAGGCAGUGCAAAGGAAUCAGGGCCGGAGCGGCUUCUCAGUGCCCUGGAGAUGCAGCCACGGAGGGCUCCCGAGUGAGGGAAGCUCAGUGCUUUCACACAUUGACCUUGACUUUGGGUAAAAUUCUGUCCAAAUGAGCAAUUCUUCAUGUUCAACAACUAAAUGUGAUACUAAGUGUAUUUCAUGUCAUAAAGAUUAUAUCUGUUGGUGGAAUUUGGCAUCAUUUUGGGUAUUUUUCCAUUGAAAUAUGCUGCUAACCAUAUGCUUAUCUUUGAAAGCUAUUUUUCAUAUUGAUAGGAAGACUCAAAUGUCUCAGGGAAACAUCUUUGUAAUAAAGAAAUUUGUAUGUGUAUCAUUACAGUUACAUUGCAUAUUGUAAAUAUGCUUGUUACAGUUUAUCAUAUUUCUGCCAUGAUGUUGUUUUGAGAUUUGCAAGAGGAACAGGAAAGAUUUUAUGAUUUGAAGGGAUGACUGAUGGAUAUUGCAAAUUUAUACCCCCUCUGGGUCGAUGCACAAUAGUUGUUUUUUAAAAUGAAGAUCACGUACCCUAAAAUUAUAGCAGCGUUCUAUGUGAGGUAUGCCAGAUUUUUUAACUAUAUAUAUUCAGUAUAUAAAGUCGCAGCAAACAUGCGACUUUAUAAAUGCUGUCACUUGGAACUAGCUUACCUUCACUUCCUCUGAGCAAAGACAAGUUUUGUCUUCCAAGAAAAUCACUGUCAUUUUGACAGGUCACCACCAGGUUUGGGUAGGUGCUUGGAAUGGAUCUGAUGAGCUCACAAAUGAAAAAUUAGCAGAAGUUUUUGCAACCUUUCGGCAAACUGGUCCCAUAAAACAGGUAGAGAGAGGUUUGGACUAGAAAUAACAAACCAUGUGGAACAUAUGCUUUUAAACCCUAAGCACCUGUAAGUCAGACUGUGAAGGUCACUUAUAAAAUAAUAUUCCCAACCCAUGAUUUCGCUCUGCAUUUCAAGCGCCAGUGAGCCGGGAUUCUGAAAGAGAAUCUAAGACUUAUAAAUACCUAUUAAACUUAGCUUUCCUUGCCCUGCAUGUUCUCUGUGUUUACCUCACACUUCAGUGAGUUUUUUGAGGAAUGCAGCUGGUUUGGGGAUGCCUCAUGUCGAGGGGCCGCAUCUGAAGCAUUUGUGUGGAUCCAACGUUGCAUCGAGGGGGCAGAGUAAAUAUAAGUACUCAGGAGUGAAAUUCCACCUUGUUAAAGAUGGAAGAUGGCUCUGUCAAGGAUGUGGGCUGGCCCCCAAAUACCAAAUACAGCUACUUCCAGAAGCUGGACUUGAUGUAGUCGUUGAGUGGCUCUCCAGAGCCUGACAUUGGCCUGCAGGCUCGUCACAAGGUGGUGAGUGAUUGGCAACAAGCCAGGUACCUUCUGGAACUUGAAUGACUCACAUCACUCCCCAGAGUAUAGUUAUUGGGUUAUUAUCUCUGAGCUGUCACUAGUAAGGCCACCGCCCAGAAUGGCCUCCUAAGGCUCCCCAGUAACUUGGUGGGGGAAUCCUUAGGACAGGGUCCCUAGCAGCAUUCCAAAGAUGUGAAAUUCCUCAAAGAAGCAGCGUUAAGUGAAGGCAGGGCUGCCUCUGGGGACCACGGUUCCUCCACAUCUUCCUUCUGUGGCCUCAGGCCCAUUUUAUCUGACAAUAUCCAUUUUGCAGGCAAUAUAUAUGGAACUCAGGUAAAUGCAGGCAGAUUUGAAUAUGCUUACACUUUGUGAGAUUAGAAAAGAAAUAUUUUAGGGGAUUUCAAGAGCACCUGUUAGCAGUCAGGCUGUGGAAAGAUUCCAUUUUUUUUUUUUGCUCUUCCAGAGUGGGAAACAAAAGAAAAGAGAAAUCCUCUCAGUGCGUUUUGUUUACUGACAUUUAGUGGAUCAAAACUGAAUUGUACUGCUUCCUGUACUUUAUUGUUCUCAGCGAAUUUGUCAGGAUCAAGGAGAGCAGAGCUGUUUUCUGAAGGAAGCUUGGUCCCCAGUCUCAGGACACCCUGGGUUUCCAUUCUCCAGGCAGCCAGGCGCGACAAAGGCCUCUGCCCACGGAACGGAAAAGUGCUUUGAACUUGCUCUUUUCAUCUCAGUCUCGAGGAGGCUAUCUUUUUCUGUCCCAG